UUCCUCUGUUCGUGUGAUGUCAUCUCUCUAUCCUACUCCUGACCUCACUUCAGGAGCACUGUUCACUGUGCAGACACAAUGUGUUAGUUAAGUUGGUCACGUGAUUCCAGGCAAACCCCGCCUCUUCAGUUGCAGAGACUUUGUGGGGCACAUUCAGCACCUGCGUGGACUUGCAAUUUCAAGACACUUCUUUUGGAUAUGCAGCUACUGGUAUAUAGCCAAGUAUGGCGCAGCUGCUCAUCUCGACUCUUUGUCCGUAUCUUCCCAGGAUCUUCAGACCCAGGAACACUUAUAGCUGGACGCAGACAAAUCCAUGAAGGAGUGGUGGCUUUGUCCUACGACCUUUAUGAUGGAAGUGCUCCUGGUUCUCCUCUUGUGUUACUUCAUGGACUGUUUGGCAGUAAAUCUAACUUCCAGUCUAUUGCUAGUGCCUUGGUGCGCAAUACAGGCAGGAAGGUUUUGACACUUGAUGCUCGUAACCAUGGUAGCAGCCCUCAUACUAACAUUAUGACUUACCAUGCAAUGAGCGCUGAUGUACAGCACAUCCUGGAGAAGCUUCACAUCCCAAAGUGUAUCCUGAUUGGCCAUAGCAUGGGAGGGAAAACUGCCAUGACCUUGGCAUUGCAGCAACCUCAGUUGGUGGAGCGUUUGGUUUCUGUAGAUAUCAGCCCUUCUCAGUCUAUUCCACAGUCUAUUCCACAGUCUGGCUUCCCAAAGUUUAUUACAGCCAUGCAAAAUGUACGUCUGGAAGGGAACAUGCCCCGAUCCACAGCUAGAAGACUGGCAGAUGAACAGCUUAGUACAAUUGUGAAGAAACCAGCAGUUCGCAAUUUUCUUAUAACUAACUUAGUCCAAGAGAAUGGCAAUUUCAAAUGGAGAGUGAAUCUGGAGGCUAUCUCUUCCCACCUGCAUGACCUCAUGGACUUCCCCGAGUUUCAUGAGCCAUAUCCUGGGCCAACACUAUUUUUAGGUGGUGCUGAUUCUCCUUAUAUUAGCUCUGAGAAUUACAAUGAAAUUGAACGCCUGUUCCCUUAUGCAAAUGUGGAGUACAUCAUAGGAUCUGGCCACUGGGUACAUGCAGACAAAACGGAGGAUUUUCUAAAUGCAAUCUGCAAUUUUGUACAAACUACAUAAUUCAUACAGUCUUUAUUUUCUCUGUGCCCUGAGAGCUUUGAGAUCCAGUGACUUGCUUAGGGUUCAGCCUGAGAUCUAAAACUACAACAAGUAAGCCAACCAAUAGAAAACGUUCCAAGGAACUUGCUUAAAAAGAGAGAACUGACAGUGGUUUAGCAUUUUAAGUGAUGUAUGAUCAGGAAUUGUGGUUCUCGUUUAUAAGCUCUAGGUAAGUGUGCUUUGCAUUAUUGUACCGUCCUAAAUACUUAUAAUUGCAAAACCUUACUCUAGUUGGAUUUUUAAGAUUUUCAUAAGUUUCAGAAAUGUUUAAAUAACACAGAGAAAUAUGUAUAACUUUAUUUUCAAAGACUCAUCCUCCACUUAUAGAGACAAAGGUCUAUGCCAGUUUUAUUUUCUGUCUGAGUUGCUGAUUUGUUGUCAAGAAUAAAAUAUGCAUUCUAGUUACUAACUACUCCAAGUAUUUUGAUGUUAAGCCUCAUGCUUAGUAGAUUGAUUAUUCAAUCUUCUACUAGUGUUCUGAAUAUUAUUUUGACUAUGUUUUUAUUUAAUUUUGUAAAAAAAUAAAAAAAAUAAAAAUUGCAAUAACAUUUUUCUGGGUUGGACAUAAUUUAAAAAUACGCAUUUCUGUUAUAGCAUAACAUAUAUAACCCUCUCUUAACAUAACCCUCUCUUAAAGGGAUAAAAAAAAGUCAAAAUUAGUCUUUCAUGAUUCAGGUAGAGCAUUGUUUCUCAACCGCGGUCCUCAAGUACCCCCAAGUUUUCAUUUAUAGCUAAACACAGGUGAAAUAAUCAGCUGAUCAGUAACCAUGGUUACUAACCUGCUCUCACCCAUCAGCUGAUUAUUUCACCUGUGCACUGGUUUAGCUGUAAUGAAAACCUGCCCUUGAGGACCGCGGUUGAGAAACAAUGAGGUAGAGCAUAUAAUUUUAAGAAACUUUUAAAUUUACUUCUGUUUUCAAAUGUACUUUGUUCUGUUGGUAUCUGUUGUUUAACCCUUUGAGUGCUAAGCACUUUCCCACCUGGGUGCUAAGCUGUUUAAAGACUUUUAUUUUUUUUAUUUUCUGAAAUAUUUAUUUGUUUAAACUUUUUUUUUCCUCCAGAUCCCCAAGACUUACACUGAUGUAAAGGUUAGGCGAUUACCUUUCCAACGGUGGGUCUUGGGGUUCUGUAGCUGCUUAGAUGCAUGAGAUACAGGCUUCUAAGCAGCAUGCCCCCUUUUCCUAUUCUUAACAUUAUUUUUAAAUAAAGUUGCGCGGUGACGUCAUUGCGUGUGACUUCACCGCUCAAAACGUGAAGCCCCGGCGAUGUCACUAUACAGGCCCGAUCACCAGGGUAGGAGCGGGUGUGAGACCCCAGAUCUCCCUCAACGUGGGAGAGUGCUAGCGACGGCUCUGAGCCGUUGUUAGCACCAGAGUGGGAAACUCUGCGACGGCUCAGAGCCGUCAUUAGCACUGAAAGGGUUAAAAAGAAUAUGUACAUAUCAUGCACUACUAGGAGCUAGCUAGUGAUUGGUGCCUGCACACAUUUGUAUCUUGUGAUUGGCUGACUAGAUAUGCUUAGCUAGCUCCCAGUAGUGAAAUGCUGUUCUUUCAGCAAAGGAUAACAAGAGAUUGAAGCAAAUUUGAUAACAGAAGUAAAUUGGAAAGUUUUUUUAAAAAUUGCAUGUUCUAUCUGAAUAACAAAUGAAAAUGUUGGGGUUUCAUGUCCCUUUGUAACUGGCAUAUUCAGUCCUACUUAUUUACCAAAUAUUUAUAAAUUAAUUGUUGCAAAUAAAAUCACUUUAAAAUAAUAUCCUGCAAUAAAGUACUUUUAACUCUUA